AUGGACUUCACACCCAAGGCACCGUCCAAGAACGCGAGUUGCGAGCGUCCAGGAGUGAACCUACAGGACGGAGUUCGGGCGAAGCACCCGGUCGUGAUGCUGCCUGGGAUUGUAACCACCGGGUUGGAGUUGUGGAGCGGGGAGGACUGUGCGAAAGGUUACUUCCGACAACGCAUGUGGGGGACCAUGACGAUGGUGCAGAACAUGCUUCUCAACACCAAGUGCUGGCUCCGGCAUAUGGCCCUGGACCCUGUCACGGGGCUGGACCCCCCCAACAUCAAGCUGAGGAGCGCGCAGGGGUUCGAGGCCGCAGACUUUGUGGUGGGGGGGUACUGGGUGUGGUCGAAGCUGAUAGAGAACCUGGCGGACAUCGGGUAUGACCCCUCCUCCAUGUUCAUGGCCUCCUAUGACUGGCGGCUGGCAUACCCGCUGCUGGAAGACCGGGACCAGUUCUUCACGAGGCUGAGCUCUCAGGUGGAGGUGAUGGUGGACGGCAACGGGGCCAAGGCGAUCCUGGUUGCGCACUCGAUGGGCGGCAACGUGCUCUUCUACUUCCUGCACUGGGCAACAGCCAACAGGAGGAGAGACUGGGUGGACAAAUACAUCCACUCUGUGGUCGGGCUUGCGAUCCCCUGGCUGGGAGUUCCCAAGGGAAUCAGCGCUGUACUGUCAGGGGAGGCGAAGGAUACGGCGGAGAUGGGCGUGAUGGGUGGUAUCCUAGAUCAUCACCUCCCUCGGAGGGAGCGGAGGAGGCUGUUCCGGUCAUGGGGCAGCGCUCCGAGCAUGUUUCCCAAGGGAGGAGACGUGUUCUGGGGAGGGAGAAACAAGAGCUUUCCAGCUCCCGACUUGCUGGACGACGAGGAGAAAGCAUGGAAGUGCGCAAGCCUCCUGCAUAUGGAGGGGGAGGACCUGAGUGUGGAGGAGGCCAUCGACUACGUGCUGGAGUCGAGCAGCAAGGGGCCAGUGCAGGACGGGCAGUUGGCCAACUAUCACAAGUGGUACUCGCACGGGCUGAGGACGACGCCCUUCGAGAACGACAGCAGGAAGCGGAAGCGAACUCACCGCUCCUCGGACAAGAGCGAGCAAUGCUCAUCGCAGGAGCUGGGGAACGAGACCAAGUACUGGACGAACCCCCUUGAGAUGCCCCUCCCUUUCGCUCCCAACCUCACCAUCUACUGCCUCUACGGGGUGGGGAAGGAGACGGAGAGAUCUUACUUCUACAAGAGGACAAACAAGAACAUCUCGAAGAAUCAGACCGACGAUGCUCAGGACAUGGAGGAUGUUGAGUGGCGUAUCGAUACUGCCCUCGAAGACUCGAUGACUUCUUUGGGCAUCAUCAGAGGACACGGAGACGGCAGCGUUCCCCUGCUCUCCCUCGGAUUCAUGUGCCAACGGGGUUGGAAAACCCGUCACUGGAACCCUGCUGGAUCUAAGACUGUCAUCCGCGAGUACGUCCACGAGCCUUCAUCUAACUUCAUCGACAUGCGUGGGGGAGACACUUCAGCGGAUCAUGUCGACAUCAUGGGGAAUCGUCACAUGAUCAACGAUGUGCUGAUGAUCGCUUCGGUAACGAAACAUAAUGACUGUGGACAUGACGAUGAUAGUGAUGGUGAUGGUCAUGCACAGGGCGAGCAAGUGGAAGCCUCACGCUGA